UGCGGCCGUGUGCAGCCGAGGGCCCCUGCGCCUGACACUGGUCCCUGCGGCUGGACCUGAGAGGUCUGGGGCCUGUGGCAAGCUGAUGUGCCUGUCCUAGAAGACCCAAGUCAGGGAGCAGGAGAGGAGGCCCUGCCCAGCCUGCCUGCCAGGACCUACCUCAGCCCUCCGCAGCACCCCGCUGGGCAGACUGUCACAUCCCUCAGCUGCGCUCUGGCUGGCCUGGUCCUUCAAGGAGCUCUUUGUGUAGGAGCCAGGCCUGCAGCGGCGCCGACAUGGGGCUCAAGCUGUCCUGCCUGAAAGGCUUUAAGAUGUGCGUCAGUGCCAGUGGCAGCCACGACGAGGCCCCGGUCCUGAGUAACAAGCACCUGGCCGUGCCUGACAUCAUCGUGACACCCCCGACGCCCACGGGCACGGUGUUGCCCAGGGACGCCUCCCAGACAGACUGGCUGGAUGAGACGGGGUCUUGCCCAGACGACGCGGAACUGGACCCAGAGGUGUGAGGAGUGGUCCCAGAAGGAUCUGCCUGGCAGCUCCGCUGCACCUGGCUCCGUAUUCAGGCCUCCGAUGCCUGGGGCAGAUGUGCUCAGCAGCUGAAGGGGGACCCAGAAGCUGCCCUGACCAGCAGGUGGCAGGGUGAGCCGGGACGCUGGCUCGGGACCACUGGCCAGGGGACAGACCGGCCAGCUUGAUGCCUCCACGUGGCUGCUGGGCCCCAGGUGCCCAUGUGAGGAGCCCCUGCCCGCAACCACAGUGACACUGCCAGCAGCAAGGGGCAAGGUGGCUCCCAGACAGACACCACCCAGAGCCCUGCCCCAAGGUCAUCACCAAGGACUUCUCAGGAGAGGAGCGGACCUGUUUUUUAAGAGUUGUUUUACAGAUCCUGACACAGGCCCAAGGGCGACUGAUAAGUUUUUUUGCAUUGUAAAUAAAGAGAGUCCCUAAGGAAUGGGGACUCCCACUUCUCA